AUGGAGAGGAAACGGAAGGAGAUGGAGAAGGGCAAGUAUGAGCUGAGACUGGCCAUGGAGGAGCUCCGUAUGUGCAGUCCAGGAGAUGGGGAGGAGGAGCAGGUUCAGGUGCAGCAGGUGAAAGUGCAGGAGCAGCCCAAGUCAUCCACCAUGGACAUCCUCUCUGUCUGCAAGCAGCUCAUCCAUGUCCUUGAUGAGAUUGGACCGACUUUGCUAGUCCUGAGGCAGGACAUUCAGGAAAAUGUUCAGAGAUUACAAGAUCUGCAUGAAAGAGACUCUUCCAAAUAUGCGAGCUUGACGGUGAUAGUUACCGAGGAAAUGGAGCAAGGGACAGCAAAGAAGACCAAAAGCUGCACCAGAGCUAUCAUCUGGCUGUCUAGGUCGAUAAAUUUCUCAAAAUAUUUGCUGGAGAGGCUGCUGAAAACUCCUGAGUCGAGCCUUGAAGAGAUUGUGGAAGAAGCCUAUGCAAGUACUCUGAAGCCAUGGCAUGGCUGGAUCUCAUCAGCUGCUUACAAGAGCUGA